UUUCAUCCCAAUUCUCUUCGUGAAGUUGAUCAAUUGCGUGAGCAAUUUAAUAAAAAAUAAAUCAACCGGGUUCCAUGGUCUCGUCGUCGUUGCCUUUCGUGUUCUCCUCGCCUCCUCUCCUCACCGAUCGCAGUUCCAUUUCGAUCUCACGGGGCUGGAGCAAGGUUAGGGCAAUGGCCGAUAGGUGCGCGGUCGGAGAGGCAGGCGGUGGGAGCGUUGAUAUUUCCCAGGGUUUUCAGUGCUUGGAUGGGAUCCGGAGCAUAGCCGAAUCUGGUCGAUUCAAGGCAUGGUUGCUGGAUCAAUUUGGAGUUCUUCAUGAUGGGAAAAAACCAUAUCCUGGAGCAAUAUCCACUUUAAAAAAACUAGCUGGUCAAGGAGCAAAGCUUGUGGUUAUAAGUAAUUCUUCAAGGAGAGCAUGUGUAACAAUAGAGAAGUUGAGGAGUCUCGGAUUUGAUCCUUCUGUUUUUUCUGGCGCCAUCACUAGUGGAGAAUUGACACACCAAUAUCUUCUAAGGAGGGGUGAUCCAUUUUUUACAACCCUUGGAACAUCUUGCAUUCAUAUGACAUGGAGUGAUAGGGGUGCAAUAUCUCUUGAAGGCUUGGGCUUGCAAGUUGUGAGCAGUGUGGAUGAUGCUGAUUUUAUACUUGCCCAUGGAACUGAGGCUCUUGGCCAGCCUUCUGGCGAAUCACUCCCUAUGGAUUUGGAUAAUUUGGAGAAAAUAUUGGUGAUGGCUGUGAAAAGAAAAAUUCCUAUGGUAGUGGCAAAUCCAGAUUAUGUGACUGUUGAAGCUAGAGCUUUGCGAGUGAUGCCUGGAACAUUAGGAGACAAAUAUGAAAAGCUUGGCGGCCAAGUGAAAUGGAUGGGAAAGCCAGAUAAGAUGAUAUAUUCAGCAGCCAUGAGCAUGGUUGGCGCAGAGGUAUUCGACUGCAUCACCGUGGGAGACUCCCUCCACCAUGACAUAAAAGGUGCGCAAGCAAGUGGGAUAUCAUCUGCCUUUGUCACUGGUGGCAUCCAUGCCAAUGAACUUGGAAUCGCUAACUUUGGGGAAACUGCUGCCUCUGACGCUGUGCACUUUCUGGCUUGUAAAUACGAUGCCUAUCCCUCUUAUGUUCUGCCAGCUUUUACAUGGUAGACAAUCUGCCUUAUUACCAAGUUUUUUUUUUUUUUUUGGCAUUUUACCAACGGGCGCAUUUAGGUUUCAGGAAUUCUUAGUUUUUACUAAGGCUGCAUCGUAUACCAAAAAUACCCAUUUUGGUAGACAAUCUGCCUUUACGAAGUUUUUAUUUUUCUUAUCAAUGUUAGAAGCAAUCCCCAUUCUGGGGGGAUUUAGAAUUCAGGACCUUGGGAAUAAUGUUCAAGAUUUCUAGCAGGCCUCUUGGUUGGUAAGCUGCCAUCUUGAAGUUGUGUUUUACCAUGGCUUUUAUUGGUGGAUAGGAAGGAACUCAAAAUAACAAUUUCUAUGGCAGCUCACCUCACAUUAACAGUGUGUUUGUUUUUUUGAAUCCAUAUAUCAGUUUCAGAAUUAAUAUUCUUUAA